UGGUUCAAUCCAUCAUACUAUUCGCCUUCAGAUAGAUCUGUGCUGUCGCACAUGAGGCCGUUAAUUUAUUUAAAAACCAUCGGUCCGCGUUCUAAUCAGCCUUGAACCUACUACUCUCCUUUCGUAUAAAACAGCGGAGCGGGGCGUUUCCAACCGCUUCUCGCCAAAACCUACCCUUCCUCCUGAUCCUGCGAUAGUUGAGCCGCAGCAAGUGAACCAAAGAGAAGUCGGGUUCAAGACGAUCUGGUUCUGGCUCAGGUGUUACAAAUAGGUUUGGUCCAGUCUCUUGUCAAGAUGCAAUCCUGGCUCUCUCAACUUCGUGUAAUGUUCUCAACAGCUCCUUGUGAAUCUCUUCUCACCCACGUGGUCAUUCUGCCAAUCUGAUUAACAAAUGGAAGUUUCUACUUAUCAAGGACAGUUCAUCUCUAAUGGAAAAGAAGGGGCUUAAGUAAAAUGCCUUUUUUCAGACCAAGUGUCUGAUAAGAUUGUCUUUAUUAAGGUGGUCUAAAGCAUGCUAGAACUUUGCGAUUGUGGGAAUAAAGAGUUAGUGUAGACUGUGAAAAGUACAAUGUUGCACAAGAUCAUAUCAAGCCUUGCUGCUCUCCCAGAGUCCAUAAAACAAAGGCGAGCUGGACAUUAUGGCCAUCUGAGUAUGGCAUUCUACCACCAUGCUGAAGAACUUGACCAAGACUCGGUGCCAUUGGAAUGGUAUAAAAUAGCCUAUGCUAAGCUUAUUAGAUUAUCCCAUAUACUUAAAAAUGUGGAGCAGAUCGAUGGGAGGCUCACUCACAGAAUUGGCAGCUCAAUCAUCACAGAUGAUCGUAUCAUCUCCUAUAUGAAGACCUUCAACUCACUGGCUAGAGCCUUCAUUGGGUCUUCCUCAAUGCAAUGUGCUUAUGAGAAGGGUAUUGCACCGGCUGAUCGAUCCAUAUUGGCCAUGGGCUUCUACGAACCCAAAAAAGGGGACCCCAUGAUGCUGAACUCUCUUACUAGGGUCUGUGACUUCCUGAACAUCUCGGCUCAGCAAAGGAAGUCUAUUCGUCUGACAGUCUGCCCACAAGUCACACAGCACCAUAUAUGGAGGGGAGCACUUGAGCAGGUGCUUAAAGAUUUGAAAUAUGAAAUGAACUCCUUUAGAUGCCAUUCUCCGACAUUCCAAAUGGGUGAGCAGAUAGUAUCAAGCUGUAUCAAGUUUUGUGCUGAUGCGGCCUAUAUUUCAAACUCCAUCUCUCCUUCAUGGAUGCGACCAGCACCUUUAAAUAAGGUUGAGAAGCCACUGCCAUCACGCAGGUGGGAGGAAGUUCUUGAGAUGUUUGUGCAUCUCACAGAGUGCUUACGGCAAGAGGAAAGGCUGAGACAACAUGUCUUGAAGCUUGAAGCAAUGAAAGAAGGGUUGUAUCAGAUCAAAGAUAUCUUGGUUGAGAGGGAUAUCAGUUACAAGGAGGCCCGACGAGAAGACUGCCUGAUUCAGAAGAAGUUAACCAAGAGCUUGGGGCACUCUUCCAAGUGUUUGUUCACACUACUCCUCUACUAUCUAUAUGGGACUGUGAGAGAUAUUGAGAUUGACGUUUCUGGAGGGUUGUAUGAAACUGAUGGCAGGUUUUAUUUGAGCAUGGGGAAGAUUGUGACUUCCUGUGAUGAAUUGAUGGUAUGGAAUGGAGUGAAGCAGCUGAAUAGGGCUCUUGGAGUCUUUAAGUUUGUGUGGGAAACAGCAGGUAUGAAAGGGAUGUUGGAUUUGCAAGGCCACCUCUGGUGUAUGGGGGCUGAGGAAAAGAUUCUCACAUACAGAGGUAAUGUGUUUUAUGUGCAUGGUAUAAGGCCUUGAUGGAUGGGUAGUUAAUUCUCCACUAAACAAGUGGAAUGAAUUCUUUUUUUAGGGAUUGGACUUAGAUGAUCAGGGAAAUAUGGUGCCGGUUGCAUAUCAUUUGUCUUAUCUGAGUUGAAGGGAAAGAUGCAUAGUUUGAUGAAUUUGUCAAAUUUACUUGACUUUUUGGAUUUAAAAAUGGACAGCUAUAGUAUAGGGCCUGUAGCACAUGAUAAAUAGUGCAAGGACUUCAAGAGGCCCGUUGUUGUUCAGUCAAGUUGUGGCAGCUAUGAGAGCUGUCUGAGUCUGCAGUUUGAAUGAUCUGAUAAUGGAUUGAAUAAAAAUAUGAUUCAACACUAACUGAUUGCUAUGGAAAAUGAUACAUUGUAUCAUGGGAAUCGCUUGAUCUUAUUCACUACUGGACAAUAUAGUACCUUCCAAUUGGUCAUAUCUUGUUGUGCUGAUGAACACCACCCUUUCAAGCUUAAAUGGUACAUUAUGCCUAGAUAAACCUCAUUACAGGUGUUCUGUCCAAGUCCAUAUUUCUUCUUCUCCUUCUUUCUUUUCUUUUUUGUUUUCUGAAGGGGGUAAAAAGUUAAUAUUUACAUUUGACAGUCAAGACAGGUGCAGAGAUGAUAAGGAAUUGGCUCGGCACCUUCUUAUUUGUAGCAAAUUGGAGUCUGGAUCAACUGGUGAGCAGCAUGAGGUGGUCCACAUUAGCCAGAAUCGAACAUUUUGUGGGGCCAUCGGAGGGCAUAACAGAUCUGCACUAGGCAAAUCAAACAAAAUAUGCUGGACUUACUCUUUGGGCUCUCAUGGUUUUGGUCUUCCCUCGGUGUAUCCUAAGAUUUCCUAUUGUUGAGAAUAAUUGUAGAGGAGGGGGCAAAGAAAAUAAAAUCUUUGGCCCCUUCACAUCAAGGAAGUGAGUUCCUCAACUUUAAGUCACCGAAAGAAGGUUUUCUUUUUUUUGGUUGGGGGGAGGGGUGUUCUGAUUGUAAAAUAGCAAUAGUAUACUUCUUUGUAAACAGGAUCAGACACUAACCAUUUAAAAGAGCAUAAUCAAUUUCUUAUUAUUUUUA